CUCUGCCCUGCCAGCAUCACCACCAUGGCGACCAAGCCCCCAGCGACCAAGGAUCCGAAAGCCACAGGGACCGGGCGGCAAGAAGACAAGGACUCGGACGAAGAGGGCAACCUCUCAUCGUUCCAGUCGCAUGCUGCUGAGGGUGAUAUCCUCGCCAAGCAAGGCGACUACCGCAAAGCCAUUGAGGCAUAUACCAAGGCACUGACCCUCAAGCCAACGGAAAAGAACGGGCUUGUCGCGAGAUCCAAAUGCUUUCUGCUGUUGGGCGACUCACGGGCGGCCCUGGCCGACGCCGACGAAGCGCUGAAAGAAGACCCAGAGUUUUUCAAGGGCGUCUAUCAAAAAGCGGAGGCGCUCUAUGCCCAGGGUGAUUUCGAAAUGUCGCUCGUGUACUAUCACCGCGGCAACAAGAUGCGACCCGAGCUCGAUGAAUUCCGCCUGGGCAUCCAAAAGGCCCGGGAGGCGAUCGACAAUUCAAUCGGAAAUCCCAAGGAUUAUCAGUUCCAGCCCCCGGCAACUGGACGACAUACAGCGAUAGCUGACUCUGUGCAAGCAACCGUCAAGCCAGGCAAACCGGCCGGACCCAGCACAUCAUCCGCUGGUCGAGAUGGUGCAAAGUGCGUCAAGGAGGGAAGCAGCAACGUCCUGGAAGAGACCGAGAAGCAGCUUCUUGGAAGACUCUACGCCGACAAAGUGUAUCUCGAGGGCUUGGUCAACGACGACGACUUUGUCAACAACCCCAACGAAGAAAUCAUCAAGAUUGCAUCCGAUGCGCUCGAUUAUCUCGAGAGUCGGACAGAGUUCUGGCGACAGCAAAAGCCCAUAUACGCCCGUAAGAACGAGCGAUCGGAUCUUCAGGGAAAGGUUAUUUCGGCCAGGAACAGGAAGAUGCUGCACGAAAAGGCCGUCGUGCGCAAGCAGAGAGAAGAAGUCGAGCUAGAGCGCGAGAGGAAUCCAAAGGCCGGAGGAGGAUGGCAGCCGCCGCCGAACCAGAUCGACUUGGCAAAGAACCCACUGCCCGACAAUACCAAACCAUGGACACCCCAUGCACACAAGGAGCGAGGUGCAGUGCCCAACGGCCCGCGUCUGCCUGCACUACAGGCCCAAAAGGUUGUCAGUUCCGCGUUUUACAAGAUCAACCGAGCCAUGGAAAUUGGCGACUAUGAUGGCGCUCUACGGAUGGCCAAGAGCUUCCUCGCACACACCAACAAUCUCAGCUAUCUCGUCAACCGAGACAAAGUCACCGGUGAAAUCUACAGCAUCAUGGGAACGAUCUAUUUUGAGAUGGGCGUGAUGUCACAAGCCGUCCACUAUCAUAAGAAAGAUUUCAUGGUCGGAAGGGAUCUGAAUCUGAAGGAAGCCAAGUCGCGCGCCCUUGGCAAUAUCGGUCGGGUAUUCGUGCGUCUUUGCAAGUACCCAGAGGCCAUCCGGGCCUUUGAAGAAAAGCUGAACUACACAUCCGAUCCGUCGAUCGACCGCGCCUGGCUCCUGCAUGAUAUUGGCCGAUGCAACCUCGAGCUGGGCUUCCCUAUGGUGGCGGCAGAGUACGGCGAGAAGAGCGCAGCGGUGGCCGAUGCACUGAAAGACAAACGAUGGGCACUGAACGCCCGGGUGCUUGUUGGCCAGGGCUACUCCCGUAUCGCCCAGCUCCAGCAGGCGAUCCAGGCAUACACAACUGCACAGCAGCAUGCCAAGGAUCUUUCAGACAUGGCUGUCCAUCAAAGCAUAUCCAAGGCCCUUGAGGAUGUCAGGGCGCGCAAGGCCAAGGAAGGAUCUGGGGGCCGGGGCUCGAUCUAUGGGAGCCUGCGACCCAACACACCCGGCGAGGAUGCACGGGGGGAGCGCAAGCCGUCGACAUCUCAGGAGAAGCCUGGGCUCGUUCCGGUCCCUUUGAUGGACAAAGGCGGGCUCCGCCCGCAGGUAGAGCAAGCUGGACGAGCCUCGACGAUUGGACGAAUAUCCAAGGUCGCCGUUGUGUAGAACGGCAAAGUGGCAUGAGCCCG